AUGUUCCUCCUUCUAGUGCUGUUUAUGGGUCUUAGUGGGCUGCAGGCCGGCCAGAGCCCUCAGAAAACCAUCCUGCAGACCACAGUUCCCGAAAAGAUUUCAUCACUAGAUGUGGAAAAAGACCCUGAAAAUCAUAUUGCCUAUCUUAUUACAAUAGCUGAGAAACCAUAUUUUGUCCAUCUUAAAAAGCAAUCAUAUAUAACUUCAACUUCAGUGAUCUACACAUAUGACAACAAUGAUAUCCGUCGUUCUCAACCUCUGUCUUUUCUGGAAAGUUGCACUUACAAUGGAUAUGUCACAGGUUUUCCAAACUCUCUUGUGACGCUCAGCAUUUGCUCAGGACUCAGGGGAACAAUACAAUUCGAAAAUGUCUCCUAUGGAAUUGAACCUGUGGAAACCAUAUCGGGAUUUGUGCACGUGAUCUAUGAGAUCACAAAUGACAACAUUGAGAUUCCUGUAUUAGAAGAAAAUCAGAGUUACUAUUGGUAUAAUAAUUCACAAUUUCAAUUCAAAAGGAACGUGAAGAAAACAUCAUCAAUCAAGUUAUCCCCCCGGUACUUCGAGAUGGAUAUUGUCGUGGAUAAGAAGCUGUUUGAUUACAUGGGCUCUGACAUUAAAACUGUGAUACAGAAAGUUACUCAUGUCAUCGGCCUUGUCAAUACUAUGUUCUCCAUGUUAGAACUGACGGUUGUAAUACAUUCCAUUGAAAUCUGGUCAAAGGGAAACAGAAUUUCCGUCCCAGAGAGUCCUAAGAGUUUGCUGAUGGCAUUUUUAAACUGGAAACGAGACCACAAACAGAAGCAUGUUUCAUACUUACUGGCCUUUGACGAGCAUCCUGCUUCCAUUGGAGCCCUGUAUCCAGGGGAAUUGUGCAGAGUGGAUUUUGACGUUGCUGUUGCCCUGUAUCCCAAAGGCUUAUCGUUAGAGUCAUACAGUGUCAUCAUCGCACAGCUGCUGAGCCUCGGCAUGGGCCUCACGUACGACAACACCGACACCUGUCACUGUACAGGAGAUGUUUGCCUGAUGACGCCCAAGGCAAUAUAUUUUGGGGGCAUGAAGAGUUUCAGUGCCUGCAGCUUGGAUGACUUUAAACAGUUGUCUGUGGGCAAAGACCUUGGAUGUCUCCAGGACUGGCCUAUGGAGAGGAAACGUGUACGCAGGCCGAGACGGAUCUGUGGCAAUGGCGUGCUGGAGGGCGAGAGCAUCAACACAGCUGUUGCCACUGCUGCAUCAGCACCCGUCUUCAACGGACUGAGGAAGGAUAGCACUCCAAGAGUCCCUCAGGCUGCCAGCCCCCACCUGGAAGGGCUGAGGACAAGUGACUCAGUUGUGGGAAACUGUACACACCGAGCGUGCUGUGACCCCAUGUCAUGCCGAUUAAAGCCCAAUGCCGAAUGUGGCUCUGGAGAGUGUUGUAAGCAAGACUGCACGAUAAAACCAAUCAACACACCGUGUAGAAAAUCAACUGGAGAAUGCGACUUUCCCGAGUAUUGUAAUGGGAACCUUUCUUACUGUGGGCGUGACACAUACUUGCGUGAUGGGGAGUAUUGUGACUCGGGUCAAGCCUUCUGCUUCAAUGGAUUGUGCCGGACUACUGACAAGCAAUGUAUUAAACUUCUUGGAAAAGGUGUGAGAGGGGCUCCCUUCUGGUGUCAUGAAGAGUUGAAUUCCAGAGGUGAUCGAUUUGGCAACUGUAUUUCUCAUCAUUGUAAAUUUGAAGAUGUUCUGUGUGGGAAGUUAGUCUGUACAUGGCCAUUCAAGAGGAUAGUGAAGCUCGUCAAUAUAUCUACAGUUUAUACGCACGUACAAAAUGACGUAUGUGUAUCUUUCUAUAAAGGCGGGAGGAUGCCUAAGGGCACACCAACAACAUACAGCACUAUUGAAGACAGAGACGAAACCUUUGUAGAAGAUGGCACUAUCUGUGGCCCUGAUAUGUACUGUAAGGAGGCAGUGUGCAGAGAAUUGAGAUUUGUCACAAAUUUUAACACUUGCAAUGCUACUAGAGAUUGCAAUAACCAUGGGUUUUGUAACAAUUUUGACCAUUGCCACUGUGAGGAAGGGUAUAACCCUCCUCACUGUGAAGAAAUGAAAGGGCAGUUUGGAAGCAUUGACGAUGGACACGCGUUUCAUACUGAAGGCAAAAGCCUUAUGCGGAGGCAAGUUCAUGGUUUUACUUCCCGCCAGUGGCUUCAGCUCAUCUUCUACAUAUCUCUACCUGCAAUUAUCAUUAUUAUAGCUCUGCUUAUAAGGCAAAGUAAACUGAAACAUCUAUUCUACAGAGAAGGGAGUGAAAGUAACAGAUCUACAUCAGAAGACAGUGGGAGUGUCACCAAGAUGACCACUAGUAAAGUCAGCGCCCCUCUAGCCACGACAAGUGCUGCUACCCAGAAAGAAGAGACUUCGGCAUGACCAUGAGAAACUGGCCUUUUAGUCAAGAGGAAGAGGGAAAAAACAGAGACCACAGCUUCUCUCCUCCUUCUGCAGAGAGGACUGAGGUCUCGAAACAUGAAAUAAUAAACCAUCUGU